AUGAGGCUUUUCCGCUUUGGAAGUGAUGAUACUGAGACAGAAAGCGGGAAAAGUCAAACCUCGGAAGUAGGGUCUAUUUCAUCAAAGUCUACAGCAGCAACAAGUCAGUUACCACCUUUUUUGAUAAAGCGCCAAACACCAUUUGAACAACCAGUAAAUCCCAUUAAACCACCAAAAUUUGACUUGAGUUUUGAACAGGAAAAAUUAUAUGAACAGCUACUCGGUUACUACCAAGAUUACAUAACCAAGGAGAUUCCAAUUGACGAUUCACACAAUGCGCCAACGCAUCCUAUCACAGAGGAGGAACUAGGUUGGCUUUCAAAAGAGUGCCUUUUAAGGUACUUGCGUGCGAGUAAAUGGAAAUUGGAUGUUGCAAUCAAAAGGUUACAUGAAACAAUAAUUUGGAGAAGAUCGUUUGGCGUUGUUCAUAUUCCAAAUAACACCAACAAAAAUAAACUAAUCACCGCUAAUAUGGUUGCUGCUGAAAAUGAAACCGGGAAGCAAUUGAUAGUAGGAUACGAUAACGAUAACCGGCCAUGUCUUUAUUUGCGCAAUGGGUAUCAAAACACCUCGGGGGGACUUAGACAGGUGCAGCAUUUGGUAUUUAUGUUGGAAAGAGUUAUUCAGUUUAUGCCUCCAGGACAGGAUAGUCUUGCGCUCUUGAUAGAUUUCAAAGCGGCUCCAUCUGAAUUGAAAUUGUCUUCAAAAUUUCCAUCUUUGUCAACGUCGCAGCAGUGUCUACAUAUUCUUCAAAGUCAUUAUCCCGAAAGACUAGGUAGAGGCUUAUUUACAAAUAUCCCCUUGAUUGGACAGGCAUUUUUCAAACUUGUGGGACCUUUUAUAGACCCGCACACUAGACUGAAAACCAUAUAUGACCAGCCAUUUGCUAAUUUCGUCCCCGCAGAACAAUUGGAUAAGGAAUUCCAAGGACUUGUGGAUUUUCAAUACGUCCAUGACAUUUACUGGCCAAAAAUGAAUGAAAUUGCCGAGUAUAAACACAAGGUGUACAUGGAGAAUUUUAGAAGACUUGGGUCCAAGAUUGGGUUGAGUGAGUAUGAUUUAAGAUUGGAACAAAAAGAGGAUUAG